AUGAAUGAAAUCAUCAAAAGCACACCAAAAAAGGGGGGGGGAUGGGAGAGAGAUGGGGCAACAAAAACAAGCAUCAAAAGAAAGAAAGUUAGGAAGAAAAACAAUAUUAAGAAAGAAAUAAAACAAGAGUGUCCCAGGUGUCAGUGUGGUCUCUCCCUGCCCCGCAGGUACCAAGAGCUGGUGAAGGUCAGCCUCAGCAAGAGGAUCCUGGACUCCUCGGACGCCGCCUGCAAGACCUACUACUUCGCCUUUACGUGUAUCAAGCACCUCAACCCGUGGCUCAUGGUGGCCAUUUCCAUGGAAAUGAUGAUCGCCACCCGCUGGAGCAAACGGACCUACCUGAUGUGUACCCUUGAGCGAGCUCGCAACGUCGUCAUGCUGAUCGGCAUCAUCAUCGUGUGCCUGGACAUCAACCACUUCUGGACGUACGGUGUGCCCAAGCCAGGAUUUGCCUGCAUAUACAUGGAAGAGUUCUCCGAGAACUUCAAAGACUGGGUCUGGCCAGCCAUCGACAACACGGUGGAACUCGUCCUGCCCGUGACCAUCGUGACCAUCUGCUUCUUCCUCACCGCGGCCAGCAUGAUCCGGCGCCCGGUCAGCAGCAGAGACCAGGAGGUGGAGAUGAAGAACUACUUUCUGGAACUGGCCACGCUGAGAGACUUCAGCACCAUCUGCUUCAUCCUCUGUCUCUUGUUCAUAUGCCUAAACGUAUGCCGCGUCACCUACACACUGACCACAAUAGUCUCUAUGAUCGGCUACUUCGAGGUGGACUGCCCAACCCUCCGAGGCAUCAAGACUGUGGACGUCACGCUCAACUACCUCUUCUACAGCGCCAAGAUCUACCUCUACAUGGCUUUCAGCACCAUGUUCCGCGCUAAGAUGCGAGAGAGAUUCCUCAACGGUCGCCGGAAGUUCCAGAGCUGCUGUAGAAUGGUCUGCAUGUGUGGCUACAAGUGGGCGCCGGUGCCCCCCAAAGACAAAUGCGACGAUGCCAGAAUAGCGCCAGGACAAAGCAAACGCGAUCAUCCGGACGCCAGUAAAUCAAAUAAACCGACCCACAGCCAAACUGGCCAUGACAAAACUGGCGCUCACACAAGUGCUCACGGCGACAAGGAUUCUUACAAAAGUGCCCCAAGUAAAUAUGACCAUGUCGACGCAGGAGACAUCGGCCUAAAAUACUCGAACAACACCGAGGUCUCGGAGUUUCUCAGAGAAGACUCAAAACGGAAGCACCAGGCAGGAGCCAGCAAUGACGUUAAGGCCACUAAAGUGUAA